AAAAAUCACAAAAACUUUAUCUGAGAUUGUAAAAGUUACAGCCAUGCUGCUGGAGCUCGUGGGCGAGUGUAAACAAAACAUUUGGGAGUUCCUGGGCAUUCAAGAGCUCUGUCGAGUGGCGUGUGCGGCUCGUAAUGCUGAACAGGGGGUUUGUUUAGGCCCAAUAUGGCUGAAACACGCCCGGACGCUGCUGACCAGAAGCCAACAAGCUCUGCGGGAUGAUACAGGAGUGCUCGGCUGUCGAUUGCAACGCCAUAAUGCCAGUCGCAAUCUCUUGGUACGAGAGGAGACGACAAUACCUAAAAUGGAAAUUCUAGUGGGAAUGUAUGAAACAAUCGACUGGAGACGUUGGUGUCGAGACACUCACGUGACUUUAGUAAGAUUUCGUACAAAUAAUACGGGCUUUGCACAAGCGAUGAGUUCACUGCAAGAGCUGAAGACGGAGCGAUCCCAACUGAAAGAAGCGAUGCAGAGUGUGAAAGCCUCGUCCCAUUCGGACAAACACACGCGACGACUUCAGAUGAAUUGUGUUAAGUGGAUGAAUAGAACGCACAGACGACAAGCUGCAGCCUCAAAUUCUAUUCAAGCGCAGAAUGCAGCGCUGUCGAAAGCCGAGCUGACUGCGAGACUGCAGAAAGUAGAAAACUCGAUUCAAUCUACGGCGCAGGAACAAUUUGGACUACGCAAACGAGCAACAAAGAGUUUGCACAAACUCAACACACAAUUGGCGAAAGGAACGAAGGUAUUACGUGACUUAGGAGCUCAUACAGACGCUGAACGGAUCGUCACUUAAAUUAUAUAUUGUUGUGUAAACUUUCA